AUUCUUUUUAUAGCUAGAUUCUCUUUUUGAAAGAAAAAAAAUCUGAGCCCUACGGCUUAACACGACUUAACCGUAGGUGAAUAGCUACGGACCUACGGUUGACCUGUUCCCUAAACCGUCAUCCGCCCCACACUCAGCAAACCUUUCUCCCCACUUGCCGCAUCGGCGCCGCCGGGAUGAAGCGCUCCGCCGACGCGAUGACUGAGCCGGUGAAGCCUGUGUUCCUCACCAAGGCGGAGCGGGAGCGCCUCGCGCUUGAGCGCCGCCAGGCCGCCGUCUCCGACCAGCGCCGCACCGCGCUCGACCUCAUCCAGUCCCUGCCCCGGCCCCCUCCGCCGCCGACUUCCGGUGGUCCUCCCCCGUCCGGCUCCAACCCCGCACGUCGCGACUCCUCCAACUCCAACCGCGACUCCGACCGGGACAGGGACCGGGACCAAGACCGGGAACGCCGCCGCGACGACGACUCCCGCCGCGACCGAUAUCGGGAUCGAGAUCGAGAUAGGGACCGCGACCGAGAUGACUCCUCCCGCCGCGACAGGGACCGCGACCGGCGCGACCGUGAUAGGGACCGGGACCGGGACCGCGACAGGGAUCGCGGGGACCGGGAGAGGGACCGGCUGGAGAAGAUUGCGGAGCGGGAGCGUGAGAAGGAGCUCGACGCGAUCAAGGAGCAGUACCUCGGGUCCAAGAAGCCCAAGAAGCGGGUUAUCAAGCCCUCUGAGAAGUUCCGCUUCUCCUUCGACUGGGAAAACACCGAGGACACCAGCCGGGACAUGAAUGCACUCUACCAGUCGCCGCACGAGGCCCGGCUGCUCUUUGGCCGGGGCUUCCUUGCCGGCAUUGACCGACGUGAGCAGAAGAAGGCGGCAGCUGUGCACGAGAAGGAGACCCGUGCAGAGCUGCGGCGCAAGGCUGGUGUGGAGGACCGUCCGGAGGAUGAUGCGGUAGAUAAGAAGAAGGCUGCUGCUGCUGAAAUUUAUGAUGCUUUCGAUAUGCGUGUGGACAGGCACUGGUCCGAAAAGACACUCGAGGAGAUGACUGAGCGGGAUUGGCGAAUUUUCCGUGAGGAUUUCAAUAUCUCCUAUAAGGGUUCUCGCAUACCCCGACCGAUGCGAAAGUGGAGUGAAAGCAAGCUUGGCACCGAGUUGCUUCGUGCUAUUGACAAGGCUGGAUAUGAAAAACCGUCACCAAUCCAGAUGGCUGCCAUUCCGCUAGGUCUACAGCAGCGUGAUGUUAUUGGUAUUGCUGAGACAGGUUCUGGAAAGACUGCAGCUUUUGUACUCCCCAUGUUGUCUUACAUUACCCGAUUGCCACCCAUAAGCGAGGAGAAUGAGGCCGAGGGUCCCUAUGCCGUUGUUAUGGCACCUACUCGUGAGCUUGCUCAACAGAUUGAGGAGGAGACUGUGAAAUUUGCAACCUAUCUAGGCCUUAAAGUUGUCUCAAUUGUUGGUGGCCAGUCAAUUGAGGAGCAGGGUUUCAAGAUUAGGCAGGGCUGUGAGAUUGUAAUUGCCACACCUGGUCGGCUUCUUGAUUGCUUGGAAAGGAGGUAUGCUGUUCUCAACCAGUGCAACUAUGUUGUGCUCGAUGAGGCUGAUAGGAUGAUUGAUAUGGGCUUUGAGCCACAAGUUGUUGGUGUCCUUGACGCGAUGCCAUCGAGUAACUUGAAACCUGAAAAUGAGGAUGAGGAACUUGAUGAGAAAAGGAUUUACAGAACUACUUAUAUGUUCAGUGCCACCAUGCCUCCUGCUGUGGAACGUCUUGCUAGGAAGUAUCUCCGAAACCCAGUUGUUGUGACAAUUGGUACGGCUGGCAAGGCCACUGAUCUGAUCACCCAGAAUGUGAUCAUGGUGAAGGAGUCUGAGAAGAUGCCACGGCUCCAGAAGAUACUCACGGAUCUUGGAGACAAGACUGCCAUUGUGUUCUGCAAUACUAAGAAGACAGCGGACAUGCGCGCCAAGGAUCUGGACAAGGCAGGCUUCCGCGUCACAACCCUACAUGGUGGGAAGUCACAAGACCAGAGAGAGAUUAGCCUUGAUGGAUUUAGAAACCGUCGGUUCAAUGUUCUUGUGGCUACUGAUGUUGCAGGACGUGGUAUUGAUAUUCCUGAUGUUGCACACGUGAUUAACUAUGAGAUGCCUAGUUCAAUCGACACAUACACACAUCGCAUUGGAAGGACAGGUCGUGCUGGAAAGAAGGGAGUAGCAAGUUCAUUUUUAACUUACGAGAACACUGAUAUUUUCUUUGAUCUGAAACAGAUGCUUAUGCAGAGCAACAGUCCCGUACCACCUGAACUUGCAAGGCAUGAGGCAUCAAAAUUUAAGCCAGGCUCAAUUCCUGAUAGACCUCCAAGGCGAAAUGAUACAGUCUUUGCAAAUCAUUGAAGUAAUCUACCUUAGAAGAGACUGAAGAUCUUUGAACUAUUAUGAGCUCAACUUCUACCAGAUGGAGGGACCUAGUUUAGUAUUUAUGAGAGGGCAUAUAUUGUAUCAGAUCUUCAUUAUGGAGAUUGAUCAAUUGUGGUUCACAUUUCAUUUAUCUGAAGAGGUGCUGUUAAUUUCUUAUCAUUGCCUUUUGUGUUCCCGUUAUGUGGUUUAAUGUUUGAUUUUAUAGUUUCAUCUUGCUUGUGUUCAGAAUAAUAUGGUUUAAUGGUUAAGCAAUAUGCAUUAAACUUCUGAGCUUAUGUAGUGUCAAUGUUGUUGGUGCUUAAGGAGUAGUGUCGAAGUUGGUGCUAAAGGCAGUCGAAUCACUAGUUGCUGGUCAUUCUGGGUAGAACCGUGUAGCAAAAAGAUGCAUUUUCAUCAUCAGAUCUCAAAAUGAGACAUCUGCGAUUUGUCCAGUGAGUAAUUGACCAUCAAUGUGUGUGAUCUGUUCUAGGGAACUGAACAGAUGUUCAUGCAGAAUAACCUAAUAUGAUAUUUGUAGAUAGUGUAGCACAUAUUCUGCUUAAGAUUCAGUAGUUAAACUGUUUAUCAUGCUUUUAUAUUAGAUGCUCUGUGUGUUGGUCAUAUGCUUGUACUACAGUGUAAUAUCUUAUCUGUGGUGUUGCAUUGGAGCUCACGGUCCUAGAACUGUUAGGCACAAGAAUUUAUGUUAGGGAAUGCAUUUUGAUAGUCGAGACACCUCACACCUGCCGUCCAAAUCUCAGCAAAGGAUGGCAUACUUUUUUAUGACAGAUAUACGCCUUCUCAUAUUGCAGUGUUUGAUUAUGAGAUCACGCUGAAGUAGUGAAGUGAAGUAUGUUAAACUGUACUUGUGGGUGUUGAUUUUUGUCAAUUGUUGAAACCUUAGAGAGAAAUCUAUACGUCUAGAGAACUGUACUUGUGGGUGUUGAUUCUUGUAUGGUGUUGUGAAUCUGUUUUCUAUCUGAACUGUUGCAUUGCUUACUACUAGCUUGAUUUGAAAAUGGGUUGUAAUUACCGCUGUUUUCUUUGGAAUUUACUCCUAAUAGAUAAAAUUUAUCAAGUACCUUAUCUA